AUGGGAAGCGUCUCAUCAAAUCCUAAUGCCGAUGAAGCUGGCACAAUUAGCAAUCUUCCUAUGCAUUUACGAAGAAUGGAAUUGAAAUUUGAUAUUACUAAAGAUGUCAAUCCAAACCUUAAAUAACUAUUACACUGUAAUCAUAUGUAAUAUAUUAGGGUCAUUAAUGGAAAUAAGAUAAGUUUAUGAAUAAUUUUAGAGAAGAUCUACUUCUCCUUUUAUUGAUAAAAAUAUAUUCUGUAAAAUUGUACCUUUUAGCAGAUCAAAUGCAAGCUUCAUUUUUGAUUAGUUUUGUAUUGGAAACAAAGUUCUAUCAAUUUAUGAAUUCAUAUGCGUUCUCACAAUCACUUCCUAUACUCACUACAUUCAUAAAGUUCAUUGUAAUUAUUGUUCUCUAAAUAUAUAUUAGUCUUAUACAUAGUAUUUGAUUUAGAUUGUAGUGGAAAUAUAAGUUUAAAUGAACUACUGAUUAUAUUUAAAUCAAUUAUUUUGGGAUACUGUAAGUUAACCGAAGCUGAAUUACCAUCAUACAUAUAAUUGGAGAAAUUUGCAAAAUUAAUGUUUCUAAAGAGUGAUAUUUAAGUGGAUAAUUCCUUAGAAUUAAGCGAGUAAUUUAUAAAUUAAACUUAGAAUAAUAGAAUGGUUAGAUAAUAAUCCUACUGGUUUGUAAUUAUUUUAAAUGUAUGAACCUAAACAAAAGGUUUAAGAGCCUUUUGAAGCUUUUCGUUCUUUUCGAGCUUAUACGGAAUAAGAAGCUGAAAAUAUGUUAGAAAUGAUUACAAAAUCAAAUAAGAAUGAAUAUUACAUGAAAAGUUUAAAUGAUUAGGUUGGCAAAAAGAAUAAGUUUAGUUAUAUGGCAAAUACAAAAAGUUAAUAACAACAAUAGAUUUAUUCUAUAUAAUAAUAAAGAAAUUAAUCAUUGCCAAAAAUUCAACCUUAAAAAUAAUUGAAUAUGGAAGAAGAAUUAGAAGAGUUAAACAUCUUAGAAAAAGCUUUAGAUUAACAUUAAAAAAAAUAUGAUUUAUCAACAGAGAAGCCAUCUUAAAGUAUGCAUCAUCCUGCUUAGAAUCCUCUCUAAUUAGGUAAAAGAGUAAAAAGCUAAGGUAGGAUAAUGAAAAACAUCAUUAUUACUAAAGGGUGUACAUUAACAAGAAAUGAAAUAUUUAGAGUUAAAAAUUAUUUUGAUUCUCUCUCUGAUAAUAAUAAGGUUAUUGGAGUAAAAGAUUUUACUAAAGCCUUUUAAAAUAAACCUCACAUGAAACGAGUCACAGCUAGUUUAUAUAAUUAUUUAGAUUCAAAAUAAAAGGGGUUUGUUACAUUUGAUUAAUUAAUGUUAAAGUUAUAUCCAUCUUUAACAAAGGUUUAAUUGGAAAUAAUUAAUAAUUGGAUUAAGUAAUAUAACGAAGUAUUUUCCAAAAGUUCAAAGGAGAGUAUAGAAAUGGAGGUUCUCAAAAAUAAUGAUACUAAAUAGAUGAAAAGAAAGAGAGUAUUACCUAAAAAUAGUAUGAUUAGAAUUAAAUAGAUUUAUGAUCUAAUCGAUUAAGAUACCAAAGGAUGUAUUAAAAAUAUAUUUAUAUUAUUUAGAUAUUUCAUUGGAAGAUCUUAAAAAGACUUUUACUUAUGGUUUUACAGCCAAAGAAGUUGAAGACUUAUUUCGAUUACAUGAUCAAGAUAGAGAUGGGAAAUUAGGAAUGGAAGAUUUUAUCAGAAUUAUACUUCCUCCAGAUUAUGUCAUUGAAGAUGAAGCAGAAGAUUUAUGA